AGCUAUCAUAAAAUUUGGGGCUUCUCCAUUCCCACCAAACGAUAGGGUUUUAAAAAUUCAAUUCCCGCUCCUGCAAAAUUACCCAAAUCUCACCAUCAUCAUCUUCAUCUUCCGCUUGAAUCUUUACAUUCAAAUCAACCCAGAUCAAGAAACCCACAUGGAAGAAGCCAUAAACCAGAUAGUCACAGAGCUCGAACACCACCACAACCACCACCACAACCCACAAUCACAAACACCCAUCACACAAUCAACUCUACAAGCCCUUCAAACCCUCUUAGACUACACCAUCAACAAAGAUGACCCACUUGAAAUGGAGAAUCUUUCCGACGAACUCUCUUCUAAAAACCUAUCUUUAUCCACCGCUCUCCUCCCCCCACUCACCGCCGCCAUGGACUCCGGUGGCCCCCACCAUUCUCUACUUGCUUCAAAGGUUUAUCUUUCUUUACUUCUUACCAAGAACUUUCCUGUUAUUUCCCUCUUUAAUCCUGUAGCUUUUCACUCCUUGUUGAGAACUAUUCGUUCUUCUUUCAAGAAUUCUCAAGUGUCUGGUAGUAGUAAUAAUGUGGGUAGGAAGAAAAAGGGUGGGGGGAGGGUAAAGAACAGGGGUAAAAAUGUCAUUUUGGGUGAUGAUGAAGAUGAAAGAGAACAACCAAGAGAAUUUGAUAUUAGGGUUUUGUUUCCUGUGCUGGAAAGGUUGCAUCUUGUUUUGGGUUUGAUUCAUCUUGAUAGGUUUCCUGAUUGUUUGAAGGGUUUGGUUCAAACGAUGGCCGCGAUUCCGGCCACCGCGCUUGAAUCUUGUGCGGGUUCGGGUUUGUCGAAUUAUAGCAAGUUAUGCAACUUGUGUGCAGAGAUUUUGAGUGAGUUGUUGAAGUCUGAGCAUGGGGAUAAAGGGGUUAACGCGGGUGAGGUGUUGAAGUCGCUUUCGUCUUCGAUUCUUUUGUCGAAAUCGCAGGCGAGGACGUUUGGGUUGUCGUAUGUUGUCAAUAAGAUGGCGGUAAUGGCGAAGGGUUCGGACGAGAUUCGGAAAGCUAUGGUUAAUUUUCCCAAGUAUUUGAUCGGUAAAGCGCCCGAACGGGCUGAGCUUAGAGCGUUGGCGGUUGAGUCGAUACUUGAAGUAGUUAGAUGUUUAGAGUAUGAAGAUCAAAUCGCGUUUUCGGAUUAUGUAGUGAAAAUGACUCGAGGGAAACCUCAGUUUAGAUUACUAGCGGUUGAUCUUAUUUAUAAUUUGAUAAUGUCGUUGAAUAAUCCGUUAGGGCAUGAAAGUUCUUGGGGGGUUAAGUGUUUACAAGUGUUAUUAGAAAGAUGUUCAGAUUCAACUGCAGGAAUUCGAGCGCGUGCUAUUACUAAUCUGGCACAGCUUGUCGGGUUUUUAUCGGCGAAUAACGAGAAUAAAACGGAGUUAAUGAAAAUAAUGGGAUUUGGUGAAGACGGUGGGAUUAAUGAUCUGUUGAGAAAACGGUGUGUCGACGAGAAAGCGGCUGUUAGGAAAUCAGCACUUGUUUUGAUAUCUAAACUGACCGCUCUUCAAGGUGACGGUGGCGGGUUUGAUGAUAUGUUGUUAAAGAUUAUGGGCGUUGCGUGUUCUGAUCAACUUGUUAGCAUACGGAAGGCUGCAAUUUCUGCACUAUCUGAGACUUUCAGGAAGUUUGAUGAUGAGAAUGUGACUAAGGAGUGGUUACAUUCGGUUCCACGUUUAAUAACCGACAACGAAACAAGCAUCCAAGAAGAAUGCGAAAAUUUGUUUCUAGAACUAGUGUUGGAUCGUGUUUCACGAGCUGGAUCUAAUGUCGAUGACCUGUCACUCUCCGAUGGAGUCUUAAGUCUACUAAAAGAAAUCUGCAACGGGGAAGUGAGCCCAUGGGUCAAAAAGAUCUGCACUAAUCUCGGAAAAAAGAAGAAACUCAAGCCCAGAAUUGCGGUUUCUCUUCAAAAUAUAAUCAAGAAGUCCGAGUCUACGUGGUUAACCGAUUCAAAACCGAUAGAGAAGUGGCUAGCACCACCGGGUGCGUGGUUUCUGUUAUCGGAAGUUUCGGGAUUUCUCUUGAAAGCGGUUGAUUGGGAGUUUUUGUAUCACCAUUGGCAGCUUCUUGAUAAACAUGAGUCAUCGAACACGCCGAUCGAAGAAGAAGAUAUAGAAUCGAAUUCUGUUGAUUGGGCUGGAGAUCGCGUGUUUUUGUUGCAGACGAUUUCUAAUGUAUCCGUUGAACUGCCUGCUGAAGCUGCAGCAGAUUUAGCUCAUAAUCUGCUUAAACGAAUUGAGGAUUUUAGCAUGCAUUCUAUGGAGGUUGAUGCUCAUGUGAAAGCACUGAGAACGUUGUGCAAACGAAAGGCUAAGGACGCGCAGGAAGCCGAUGCACUUGUGAUCAAGUGGGUCCACCAGCUACUUUCCAAAGCUUCCAAAGCUCUUCAAACAUACAUGACAAAAAACUUAGAAAACAACAAAAACAAUAGCUUAUUUACGCCUCCAAGUGGGACCCGAAAGGGUAACAGAUCGUCAACAACAAUGUCGAAAUUAUUAGCUCAAGCUACUACCGCUGUUUACACCGUUGGAUCGCUUGUUCUUGUCUGCCCUGCUGCUGAUUUGAAAACAAUCGUUCCCAUUUUGCAUAAUGUCAUCACGUCCGGAGUUUCUGACCCGAAACAUAAAAAGUCAACCGAGGUAUUAGUUUCGUUUAAGCAGACGGCCCCUUCGUUAUACAUUCAAGCGUGGGUAGCAAUGGGCAAAAUUUGUCUAGCCGAUGGUAAACUCGCAAAACAAUAUAUUCCGCUGUUUGUGCAGGAGAUGGAAAAGAGCGACAUAGCAUCACUUCGUAACAAUAUCGUUGUAAUGAUGACUGAUCUUUGUGUACGAUAUACCGCUUUGGUUGAUUGUUAUAUACCAAACAUCACCAAAUGUCUUCGAGAUCCCUGUGAACUAGUUAGAAGGCAAACUUUCACACUUCUCUGCAGAUUACUACAGCGGGACUAUGUAAAGUGGAGAGGUGUGGUUUUCCUUAGAUUUCUGUUAUCGCUUGUUGACGAAUCAGAGAAAAUACGACAACUUGCUGAUUUUCUUUUUGGAAAUAUAUUAAAAGUUAAGGCGCCACUUUUAGCUUAUAAUAGCUUUGUUGAAGCGAUCUUUGUGCUAAAUGACUGUAAUGCCCAUACCGGACAAAGCAAUCCUUUGAGUUCCCAAAAAGAAAGCCGACUUUUUUCUAUUCGAGGUAAUGAUGAAAAGUCAAGAAGUCAAAGAAUGCAUAUAUAUGUUUCUUUAUUGAAACAAAUGGCUCCGGAGCAUCUUUUGGCUACAUUUGCAAAAGUAUGUGCCGAGAUUUUAGCCUCUGCGUCGGAUGGCAUGCUCAAAAUUGAGGAUGUUACCAGCCAGUCUGUUCUACAGGACGCAUUUCGGGUUCUUUCGUGUAAAGAAAUUAAAAUCCCAACAAACAAAGGCUCAUCAACAGAAUCAUCAGAAAUGGAAGAAGACGUUACAGAAAACGCCAUUAAAGGCCGAGUUAUAACUCAAGUCGUCAAAAAAAGCUUAAUCCAAAACACAAUCCCAAUUUUCAUAGAACUAAAACGUCUUCUCGAGAGUAAAAACAGCCGACUCACAGGAUCCUUAAUGGAAUGUUUAAGAAUCCUCCUUAAAGAUUACAAAAACGAGAUUGAAGAGAUGCUUGUGGCCGACAAACAGUUGCAAAAAGAGCUUAUUUACGACAUGCAAAAGUACGAGUUACAAAAGGCAAGAUCUACAGCGGCUGAGGCUGUCGAUAAGGGCGUUAAUGUGAACAUGCAAACGUCUUCAAAGGUGAGUUCAGCGGUGGCUGGUGUGAAGGCUGAAGCCACGGCUAAGUCAGUGUUGAGAGAUGUGAACCAGGGUGCAGGGACCCCGUCACUUAGUGCCAUGAACGUGCCUAAGCUCAAGUCAUCAACAGGUGGUGCGGUUAAGCACAAGGGGAGGUCGUCGGCUGUGCUUGAGUCGUUAAGGAGAAGACAGUCUUUUGACUUAGAUGAUGAGAGUUAGUUAACUUUAACUAACUGUUGUAUUUGUAUAAUAGUUUUCUUUUAAUGUGUCUUUGUAGGACAGCAAACUAAUUUUCUAAAAACAUAACACCAGUUCAUAAAUGUAAAGACUGCUGUCAUACUAA